CCACGUAUGUGUCGGCAAAAUGAUGUAGAGCAGUUCAAUUCAGGCCAACAGCUUCUCAACUGAUGAAAGUUGACUAAAGGCAGCCCCAUUUCCUGACUUUGUGCUCCUAAAGCUCUCACCUUUUUCAUCGUCUCCUUCUUCACAUUCAUAUCCUCUGCAUCAAAAACCUUCAUCAAUUUUAGCUUUCAACCCAAUUCUUUGAUUCUUUGCCCACUUCAAUGGCGGCAGAGCCUGCGUCUUCAGGAACCCAAACGAGAGUGAACUCCAGGCGGAGCUACAACGUGGUGCACCCAGUGGACAUAGAGACACCUCCACUAGCUUCUCCAGCUCCAGCUUCAUCCCCUGAUGUGUAUCGAGAGGUCAAGCAUUUCAAGAAGUGGGUUGUUUGGCUGAUACCUGUUUUUGUUGUUGCCAAUGUUAUUAUGUUCAUCAUCACCAUGUAUGUCAACAACUGCCCCAAGAACUCGAUCAAUUGCAUUGCCACGUUCUUGGGUAGGUUCUCCUUUCAGCCGUUUAAGGAGAACCCUCUUCUUGGACCAUCAUCUUCCGCGCUACAGAAGAUGGGGGCUUUAGAUGUAAAUAAGGUGGUUCACAGACACCAGGGGUGGCUUCUCAUCACUUGCAAUUGGUUACAUGGUGGUGUUUUCCAUUUAUUGGCAAAUAUGUUGAGCCUUUUGGUUAUUGGGUAUCGGCUAGAGCAAGAAUUUGGCUUCGUCCGGAUCGGGUUGCUAUAUGUCAUCUCUGGACUUGGUGGGAGUUUGUUGUCUUCGCUUUUCAUCCAAACAAACAUCUCUGUUGGUGCUUCUGGUGCUCUUUUUGGGUUGCUGGGAGCCAUGCUUUCUGAACUUAUCACUAAUUGGACAAUAUAUGCUAGUAAGUUUGGAGCACUUUUCACCCUCCUGAUCGUCAUAGCAAUCAAUUUGGCAGUGGGAAUUCUCCCACACGUUGACAACUUUGCUCACAUUGGAGGAUUUCUUUCGGGUUUUUUUCUCGGGUUUGUGUUUCUUAUCCGCCCCCAGUUCGGGUGGGUUAACCAAAGAUAUGGUCCUCCAGGAUACGCAUCAUCUCAGGCUAAAUCAAAGUUCAAGACCUAUCAGUGCAUUUUGUGGGUCCUUUCUGUGAUCAUUUUAAUUGUUGGGUAAGUCAAGCUGUUUCAUCUGAAGUUAAAUCGAAGUUCAAGACAUAUCAGUACUUGCAAAAGUAUAUACGAAAGGAAAUCUGCUUACAAAGAGUAUAUAACAUGCUGACCUUUUUCAUUAAACAUAAUUUGGUCCUCAGAUGAACUAGCUCAACAGUGACAUAUCACACUCGUCUACCCAAUUUAAGUUCUUUUUAGGCGAGAUAGAGCUCCUAUAGAACAUCAAUUUUUCAAACUCACCAGCUACAGCCCAAACUUUUGUUGUGCUUGUAUUGAAAAUGAGUUCCUACAUGUCCAUCUACAUUGUUGAAACCUAGGAUGUAGGUGCUCAACGUAAUCGUGAAACAAUGUUUUAUCUACUUCAAAUAUCAGAUUCGAUGUAGAGAUUCCCAUUUAUGGCAGAAGCUCUCUCUUAGUUUCUUCUACCUAGGAAUGAACCCUAAAGCAACCAAAAGUAACAAAGAAACUUGGUCAAUGUUGAAGAUGCCUACACAGAGAAAGAUAUAGAAACUUUCCAAAAUGUGGCUAUUUCCCUAAAAUUUAUCUAGAAGUACUUAUCUAGGACCCUAAUUUUUAUCCUUGUUUUUCCUCCUGGUUAUAUGUUCUCCUUCUGUUAGUUCAUGUUA